GGCUGAUGUCUUGGUGUGCAUUGGUGGUUGUCUUCAGCGACAACCCGACCUUUCUGUCUGUUUUCGCGGAGAUGGCUGAUGAAGGUCGGCUGAUGGUGUGGGAAACAAAACUCUUAGUAAUCACCAGGCUUCCUUUGUCGAGCGUUGAAGACCUGAUGCAGAAUUACUGGACCUUCUCCAUGAUGAACACAAUGUUCAUGAAAAUAAAGGAAACAGCUGGGAUAAAUCAUUUUCAUGGUAUGAAGGUGAACAUAUCAUGGCUUCCGUUAACACCAUACUGGAUGGAAGAAAAACGUCCAGGACCAAAUGGUACUGAAGCAAGGACGUACACAGGUAGAGAAUACAGGAUCAUGGAAAACAUAGGAUCAAUACUCAACUUUUCUCUCAAUCCUCUUCCGUUCAUAGGAGCGGAAGCCGUAAGUCUGAAAUAGAUAAACGUAACGGUAGUACCGUAAAUACGAUUAUAUAUUCACUUGCAUGUUUAGGAUCCAAUUAUUCUUUUUACUAGUUUUCCGUUUUCUAUUUUCUUCUCAUGCACAAAUCACCUCCAACACUCUCAAAACAGCAGUUCUUAUUUUCUCAUUCAUUAUUCUAUCCCUUCAUGUUUCUACGAUUAUGCUCCAAA